UGCGCUAUCCCCUUAUCCAUUGCUUUCAAUUCGCGUCUUGAACCUGACAACACUUUGUUAUAUCCUACCUCGUGAUCCCGCGCGCCGCUUCUUCUGCGUUGACAGAUGAGCGUCUCCUAUGCCUGUUAGCAGCAGUAUGCGCGUAUUUGAGCCGCUAGCUGAGCCCGUAGCUGUCGAUCGUCCAGCCGUUAUCGCCAAGUUCUCCGCUGCUUUCGCCGAUUGCGUCAAGUUUCCCAGCUAACAUUAGCUUUUCUCGAGGGAACCAGCUGAGCGAGCUGCAAUAGUUUUGUCCCGCAAAACAGUUUAGUCGUUUAGUAGAGAGAGUGAUUCUUUCCAACACAGCACACAGCUCCUGUGGUCUCCCCAAAGCCCGCAAGCAAUCAACACCUGAAAAUGAUGACCGACUCCGUGCUGGCCGCGCCGAUUUUCGAGGGUAGCGAGAAGCGCAUCGAGGUGGAUUUCCGCCUCGGUGCCAACGCGCCUGCGAAUGGGCUGCGCGCCAUCCCACGCGAUGUCCUGGACGAGCUCAUGACACUCGCGCGCUGCUGCAUCGUCUCCUCGCGCGGCAACGAACAGAUGGACGCGUACGUGCUCUCUGAGAGCAGCCUCUUCGUCUACCCCACGAAGUGGAUUCUCAAGACGUGCGGCACCACCCGCCUGCUGAACUCUGUGCCCCGGCUGCUGGAGGUGGCUCGUGCCUUGGGACUGGAGCCCCGGCGCUGCAAGUACACCCGCGCUAGCUUCCUGUUCCCCGAGAACCAGCCAUUUCCGUACACGGCCUUCGAGCACGAGGUCGGCUUCUUGGACGAGCAUGUGGGCGCUAUGUGCCCCGCUGGCAGCGGCACCGCCUUUGUGCUCGGGGAGCCGUAUCAGGGCCUGCAGUGGCACGUCUACCUGGCGGACGAUAUGCGCUCACUGGACUCCGCCUUCAAGCCCACCUACAACAUGGAGGUGUGCAUGACGGAGCUGAGCCCCGAGGCAGCGCAGCAGUUCUUCCGCGACGGGCGGUUCGUGAGCGCGGAGCAGACGACUCGCGAUACUGGCAUCAUUGCGCUCAAGCCUCGCGCUCAAGUGGACGACUACGUCUUCGAGCCGUGCGGCUACAGCAUGAAUGGCAUCGACGGCACCGGUCUGAUCACCAUACAUGUGACGCCUGAGGCGCAUCAGAGCUAUGCGAGCGUGGAGUUUUCGGGUUUUGGGGAGGAUCUGGUGGCAGACCCCGUUGAGCUUCUGUCGAAGGUGGUUAAGAUUUUCCGGCCAGGCAAAGUCUCGGUGACUUUGUCCGUGGACAAGGUCGAUAUGGACGAUGGCGCGUGGGGCACCGCGAUGGGCGGGCUGGUGUCGGGCUACCGGCUGCAGGGCGCCGCCUGCCAGGUCUCCCCGUGCGGCGGCAAAGUUGCCUACUACACGCUGGCUGAGAAGCUGGCGGUGCCCGGCUCGCCCACCACGCCGUUGCACCACGCCGCGUCCUUCCUGUCAGUUGCCGCGUCGUCGGAUUCCGAGACCGACGGCAACGGCAGCGAGCCUGAGCCGGAACCGUCCACCACCUAAGAGGUUAGGAGGAAGAGCAGUACAGUUCGGGCCCUUUGCGAGGCAACGAGGAGUGCGGAAGAGGAGGUGGAGGAGAAAAUGUGGGAUGAUGGGCAGCAGGGACGUGGGGACUGGGGGGAUGUCUUCUUAUGUCACCCUUCCAGCUUGUGAAGUGGUUGGUACGACGCCCCCGUGUCCCUAUUUCUUAGGGUUUGCUGCGCGGUGCUACAGCUACCGCUAUUGCAACCUGUAUACUACCCUCCUGCCCCCGUCUUCCCUUCGAACCUUAUUAUGUAUCUCCUAGUUAUGUGAUCCCCGCGUCACCUCUUCUGCAAUCUCGCCUGCCUCUUGAUGUGAUGAGAUGUGUGUGUGGCGAUUGCGGUGACGGACGGCGAUGCUGAGCUGGUCAGUCUUUUCCGGUUGGCUGCUGGGCCGGAUUGGCUGCUCUGGUUAGUGUCGACUGCUGGUGCCGUCUGCGCGUGUAGCACGUCACUGCCUUUCACACAGCGAAGUAGGCCCGAGCGUGUCUUGCUACUGCGAGAGAGAGACAGAAGGCUCAAUAGUUUUUUUGCGGGGUUCCACCACACUGUGAUUGUGCUGAGCCGGUGGCGAUGGGGAGUGUGUGUAGAGGGGUCAGGCGAUCGUUGCUUCUCCUGUAGCCUCGUCGUGGUUGAGGAGGCCGACGAACGGGAUGAGGAGGAGCAAACUUGCGCGAUGAAUAAUCUAAUCAGAUCGCCGACUCUUUUCUGCGACCUAGCCUGGUUCCGUACUGGACAGUGACAGGGCUGUUGGCGGAAGGGGUACCGACUUGAUUAUUGCGUCUUUGCGAGGCUUUGUUGACGCAACGGUGCUGCUGGAAGUCGGUGCUGUGAUUGUGUUGUGUCCUUCCCACAGGGGAUAGGUGCCGGGAUGAAUAAAUAUUAAAACGAGUUGAAUUUGUGUGUGAUGGUUUUGCCGGGACUUAGCAGCCGUUUAUCUCUUCCCUCGAGGAGCCAUCUACGUGAAAGCGUGGCGUGGAGUGAUAUGAAACAUGAGGCUUAUGUGUGUGCGUUGUUUUGAUUGCAUACCGGAAAAGAAAAAAGAGUUGCCCUCGUUGUGCACAUUUGCGUGCACUCGGUCGUUGUUGAAAGAUUGAAGAAUUGUGAUGUGAUUUCUUCAAGGGCGAACAUCAACGGAUUUUGAAUCCGUAUCUGCGCAAACAUCGCAUCACAUGUCGGCGGAGGCAGGAUUUGUUUUUCACAGCUGGUUAAAAAAACGGGUUUUCUCGAGUUCGAGUAAAUGUUUUAGCAACGACGUUAGUUUUGGUCUUCACGGAAGAGAGAGACUCCUAACAGGGAUAGCCGUCUUGGUGACGCCCGGCUUUCGGAGAAGCAAAAAACAUCUCAUCAUUAGCUUUUUUGUCAAUGAGUUUUUAUUACGUCUGACGGCUUUCCACGUCAUCGGCGAUUGAUUGUAACAUAAUAUUCUGCCUG